AUGUGGUGUUAUAAUUAUUUGACUUGGAUUCGAGUCCAUCCUGUCGGCCGCAAGUCGGCCGCGAGCGCGCUUUCGGCCGUUGAGAACGCCGAGGAGGACGUUUGGAUAUCUAUUCCAGCGGGUCAGGAUGACUCACAAGCCCCCGAGGAUAUCAACUACACUCCAACUUCCUGUUGGAUGGUGUUCGAACUUCGAUGGACAUCUAAAAUAGAAAAUGAGUUGAAAGAGGGUUGCGGCGAGGGUAACGGCGCCGGUCUCCAGGGUUACGAUAAUGAGGCAGUCGACAACGCGUCUGGUCGCAUUGAAUGUGUAUUCGAGCUUUCAGGGAGCGAAGGUGGAAUCGCUCAGGCUACGUAUCCGCCUCCUAACUACCGUCGCGAUUACGCUUUGAGAGAAUUGACGCUUGUUGCCUCUUCUCUAAUCACCUUCACUAAGAAAAUUUGGGUUGGUGCAUCUGGAUUGCUCCUCUUCGUACUAAAGAGUGAUUUGGUCUUCGGAGAGUGGUUGGACUGCAACAACUUCCCGAUUCCUCCCGGAUUCCUCAAUGAAGUUUGA